UGUCACUGAGCUUCAGACCAAGGCUUCAUUCAGCAUCUCCUGCUCUUCAGCAGCUCUCUCGCCUCCAACAGCCUGAUCAUGUCGCGUAGAAGCACCAUCACCACCACCAAGAAAAUCAGCAGCGGCGGGAACCAAGGAUCUUCCUUAUUGUCCGGUGGUGGCGGCCGCAGCUUUUCCAGCCACUCUUUGACCACCGCCAGGGUUAAGCCAAUAAUGAGUUCCUGCAGUAUGUAUGCAGGGAGGGGAGGGUAUGGUGGAUUUGGUCAUGGAAUGAGGUACAGUAUGGGAUGUGGUUUGGGAGGUGGAUAUAGUGCACAUAAUUUGGGAGGUGGAUAUGGUUACGGAGGUGGGAUAUCCAUUGGGUCCCUAACAGGAGGGAGUGGCAUUGUGGGCAAUGAGAAGGACACCAUGCAGAACCUGAACGAGCGCCUGGCCAACUACCUGAGCAAGGUGCAAUCGCUGCAAGACUCCAAUAGGCUCCUAGAGAAGAAGAUCCGUGAGGCUAGCAGCGGCUCCAGCAUCGAUGGCUUUGACUGGAGUAUUUACGAUACCACAGUGAAACCCCUACAGCUUCAGAUUCAGGCCUCCAUUAUGGAUAGUGCUCGCAUCGCUCUGGAGAUCGACAACGCCAAGCUGGCUGCUGAGGAUUUCAGGAGCAAGUGGGAGCACGAGCUGAUGCUUCGUCAGUCUGUGGAGAAUGACAUCGGAGGUCUGCACCAGCUGAAGGAGACUUACCUGCAGCUGCAAGCCGGCCUGACCAAUGACAUUGCGGCGAUGGAGGAUGAGAUCGCUUACCUGAGGAAGAACCAUGCAGAGGAGCUGAGGAUACUGAGGCAGCAGAAGACUUCAGAUGUGCAGGUGGAAGUGGACUCCAAGCCCUCCAUCAACCUGCAGGAGGUGCUGAACAAAAUCAGGGAAGAUUACAAUGCUGUGGUCUUGAAAAAUCAAAACGAUAUGGAGAACUGGUACAAAGUGCAGCUUGAAACCAGGUCGGUGGAGCAGGCUCAGGGCAACCAGGCCUUAGAAGCAGCGAGGCACGAGGUCUCCGAAUAUCGUCGGCAAAUGCAGAACCUGCAGGCUGAGUACGACGCCCUGCUCGGCAGUAUCGGCUCUCUGGAAGCUUCCCUGAGAGACACAGAAAUCCGGUACGACCAACAGCUGCAGGGCUACAUGUGCAUGGUAUCGAACUUGGAAGGGGAGCUGAUGAGAAUCAGGAAUGAAAUCAACCUGCAAGUGAAAAGUUACCAGGAUUUGCUGAACAUCAAGAUGAAGCUGGAGCAGGAGAUUUCCGUUUACAGACAGCUCCUGGAUGGUGGUGGACAAAGUGUUGUCUCAAGCUCAUCAGGUGGCUCAGGAAUGUCCUCAUCAACCUCUAUGCAAUCUGGUGGAACUGGUGGCAGUCAAAUCAUUACCAUGAGCACCACAACAAAAGAAAGCAAAAUUCGCUACUGAGGAUCAAAGACACGCCCCUGCUCGCCCGCAUUAAGGUGUGCUCCUGGCACCAACAUCCACUGUGCCAACCACAUCUCCCACCCGCUUGACUUCUUGACUUACUUUACUUCCUCCUAACGCUUCUCUGAAAACUCAAUGUGUAACUGGCUGUACGUUUCCAGGGGCAAUCCCCUCUGUGUGGAGAGUGAGAUAGCACAGUACAUGCUCUCUUUAAAAGUAAAUGGUUUCACCCAAGACCUGACCUGAGAUGGGGACAGUGAAGAUUGCUGUUGGCUGCAGCAUCAUCAUCCAGCAGUUGGUGUUGGUCAUUGGACGGUCUCUAAACAGGGGACAAGUCGAAGAUUGCGCUGACAAGGUUUGUUAUGUCACUACUGCCAAUCAAAGACCAUCGCAGCAACUGUCUUCUGGUUCACUUCCACUAUAGGAAGUAGUUCUGCCCCAACACCCCACCGUGUGUGCGUCUGCCUCCACAAGCCUUCGGCUGCUCUGAGUUACUAAAUGUUCUCACUUAUUCAAUGCCUUUAUCAAUAAAUAUCUUGCAUCUAA